AUGGCAGACACUUCGUUCAACGACAUAUCAAAAAUCGGAGAAUGCGAGUUUACGCUCAUCUCCGAGAUGAAUUCACAGCUUAUCAUCCAUCACCCAUAUCGCAGCCUGGCAGACAUGCAGACCCAGUUCCAGCUGACGCAGGAAGAAAAUGCACUCACUACAUUUUCCUUCAGAUCAACGCACCAAGGCAUGACCAACGCGCUGCAGUCACUAGGAAAUGCCCGAGGCGCACCGCAAGGAGCGCAAAACAGAGUGCAAAAGUUGGUGGACUGGCUUGCGGAGAGCAGCGUCGACAUUGAAGCAGUUGUAGAGUGCACGCAGGAGCUCAUAUCGCUUUACGAGGUCUGGGAAUCUUACACUGAUAAGACAUGCAAAGAUCAGAUUGCAAAGUUCGUCAAGGCGAGAGGGCUCGACAAAUGA